UAGAAAGAGGCCCGAGUUCCUGAGUUAGAAUUCCGAGUUGAAUGACCGUUCAAAUGGAUUUUUCCCAAUCGGAGCUCGUUUUUUUCCGAGUUCCCAGUUGUUUUGAACGCCCUGAAGUCGUAAUUCCGAUUUUUCCCAGUUCUCAGUUGUUUCGAUCGUGGCAUUAGUCUCAGAAAUAUGUCGUCAUAGCACGGACAGCAACAACAAACAUGGAAGAAUAUGCCCGUGAACCUUGGUGAAGUACAUUUCAGACAGACAAUUAAGUAGACAGUUGUCAAUAUUGGUGAUAUCUCUCUUUAGCCAACAUACUUUUCUGCUUUACCAUAAUGGUUAUUAUGGCAUUUAUGUCCGAGUCAUUACGCAAAUGAUGGUUGAAUUAUAGCUAACUAGCAGACUAAACUCCACUCCAUCCACGGGGAAGGAAGUUUUUGACGAAGUUCCUUCACCAUGGAGUGGAGUUUAGUCCGCUAGCAGUAAGUUAUCGUUAGCUAGCUUGCUAAACAAGUUGCGUAACAUAGCUAAAUCUAGCCAGGCAUAGCUAGCUCGCUAGACAUUGUCUAAGGAUGUGGAAGUUUUAGGUACAAACGAAUAUUACUAUUAACUAGUAUUAGGUAGAUGGUUAUAGUAUUGUAAAGACUUUGAUAGAUCAUACAUGAAAGAAUGUCCACAACAGAGGAUCGCAUUUUCAAAUUGAACGUUUUAUUAACCAGAACUCACACAGGCUACUGUUUGCCCUCUGCUGUUCCACCAACCACAAGGAUGCCUGGCACUGAAACAUUCCAGGUAUUCCUUUGAUUGGCAGACAGCAAGGGGGACUGGUAUGCUGGAUCCGCCAAACCCAGAUCAAACUGAUAAACGUGCCCUGAUAACCACACAUUAGAACACAGGCACAUAACUGUCCAAGCGGGUCGCUACAGUAUAUUAGUCCCUGGAGAAUAGUAGAUGACUGUGGUGGUGCGUUCACCAUGGGGGCCAUUGGCGGAGGGGUGUUCCAGUCAGUCAAGGGCUUUCGGAAUGCUCCUGUGGGCUUUCGGCACAGACUAAAAGGUAGCGCCAAUGCUGUGAGAUUAAGAGCUCCACAGAUCGGCGGUAGCUUUGCUGUGUGGGGUGGACUCUUCUCUACAAUCGACUGUGGCCUGGUCCGUAUUCGAGGGAAAGAGGACCCCUGGAACUCUAUAACUAGUGGGGCGAUGACUGGGGCAGUCCUGGCUGCACGCAGUGGGCCUUUGGCUAUGGUGGGGUCGGCUAUGAUGGGGGGCAUCCUGUUGGCCUUGAUCGAGGGCUUUGGGAUCCUUCUCACCAGAUACACCGCACAGCAGUUUCAGAACCCGAGUCCCUUUGUGGAUGACCCCAGCCAGCUUCCUCCUAAGGAUGCCAGCCAACAGCAGACUGGGUCCCAGUAGGUUCCAUGGAGCUGCCGGGCCUAGCUACAGCCCUGCGUACUGUAACUGACAAUCUCAGACUAGAGAGGAGAGGGGUGCUCUGAAACCUGACCUCACUGGUGUAAGCAACCUCACCCUGAACCAGCCUCCAUCCUCCCAAUGGUCAUAAGAACCUAGAUGCACUUUAUUAUUAUUAUUCCUCAGGGGUAGAUUACAGGUUAUUUGAGUCACUUGUUUAUGAAUAUGUUUGUGUAUACUGGUUCACCAGUGUUCCUUCUGACUGGUCCUGAAUUAUACCCACCUUUAUGAGAUUCAUUUAUGCACAAAACCAGCAUUUUGUGGUGACUAAGACUUUUGGUGCUGAAUAACUGCAGUUACAGAAAUAGAAUGGGUAGCUAAACAUGAAUAGGCAUUAAUACAGGUAUGUGUGAGUAUGUAAUGACUGUAUUUAGGAUUAGAAGUUAGUGUCAGGGGUGACAAAAUCAAUGCUGUUCAAAACUGAUGUAAUUGAUUUUGUUUGUAAAAUGUAAUGCACUGAGGGAGGAGAACUGCACUAUCAUUCCAUUUCCUCUCCUCAUGGCAGCUUUCAUAACCGUGAGGCUUAUUAUAACGGUAGGGAUUCAGGGUCACAUCACAAACACACUUAUCUUUUGAUUCCAUUUGCAAUCUCAGAAGGCAGGAAUGGAAGGCCGUGUCCAUAUGCUCAUGUGUUCUGCUCCGCUGUUUACCUUGCUCCCUUUGCAUUCCCACACAUUUCCAAAGCCUAAGCACUAUAAGGUCUAUCCACUUGGUUGAACCAGAGCACUUUCCUACUCCAUCUCUUUAUUUGUUAUUAUGGUCAUAAAACUUGAGAUGGAGAAGGUUUUUGACACAAUUAGAUAUUAUUUUGUCAUUCAAAACAUGUGACAUGUAAUGUAUAGAAUGCUGUACCAUAUUUGUUGAUUUUAAUUUAUUUAUGAUGCAGAAAAAUAAGUGUUAGCAGUGUAAUUGACUGGAAAAAAAUAAUUAAAUUGUUGAUUCUGUAUGGCUUAUAA